AUGGUAGAACAAUUUGCUGAGGGUGGAGACUACCGAUCAAGUUUUCGCUGCAAAGUUGCCACAAUUCUUCCUCGUGGCCUUCAAAUUUGGGACUGCGAAACUAAAGGUCACGACAUAUUUACUGUCUAUAGUAAAUGGAAAGCUGACCCUCCCGAUCCAAAUUUAUUAACUUCUGCCACACAUCCACAUUUGUGUUAUAGAGGGGUUAGAACACACAGAAAGAAACCUAGAAAAGUUAAACAAUACAAAAAAUAA